AAAAUAAACAACAAAUUCAAAUUUAAGAUCCCAAACACAGAUCCCAAAGGAUCUUGCUCUGUGAUUCCAACCCAACUCGGAGCAAUUAACAAGCUAUUUGCUCCGAGGAUUCCAAGUUUUAGCAAUACCACAGCAAUACUACUUGCUUAUCAGUACCUGAGAUAUUAUGGAAAACUCUCUUCAAGAUACUUACAUGAAAAUAACUAAUUCCAAUAACCAUACAGGAAUUCUUGAUAUAAAACCUGAGUUUUCUGUAAGGAUAGUUGUAUGUGAUUCAUAUCUUACCAAACCAUUACCAGGAAUUGAUGUAAUCUAUUCUGAAUUUAGAGGAAGUGAUAUUAAACAGGUUCCAAUACUGAGAAUAUUUGGUUCUACACCAGAUGGAAGAAAGGCCUGUCUUCAUGUGCAUGGUGUUUUCCCAUACUUUUACAUACCUUGCCCUACAUCACAUCCUGAGCCACAGUUCUUAUAUCAAGUAGCCGUCAGCCUUGAUAAGGCACUAAAUAUAGCUCUUAAGCAAGCAAAUUCAUCUAAUCAACAUGUGUAUAAAAUAUCUCUGGUAAAAGGACUACCUUUCUAUGGAUUUCAUGAUAAGGAGCAUCUCUUUUUGAAAGUAUUUCUAUAUAAUCCUGGCCUCAUUAAGCAAGCAGUUGAACUCUGCAGUAAUGGAGCCAUACUUGGACAAGUAUUGCAACCUCAUGAGUCCCAUUUGAAUUUCACAUUACAAUUUUUCAUAGACUUCAACUUAUUUGGCAUGAGCAAUAUUGACCUACAAACUGUUAUGUUUCGUAAGUCACUAUUGACCCAACAAAGCGACGAGCCUUCUAAUAGUCCUGAAGACUUCAGCCUAAAGCGAGAAAGUAUGUGUUACUAUGAAGCAGAUUGUGUCGCAUCUCACAUAAUUAACAGACUACGCAUUGGCAAAGGAGAUGGUAUAGAAAAUCCAGGCCUUGAAGAAGUGUGGAAACAGGAAAUGGCGAGACGACGGGAAUUGAAUGUAUCAAUAGCAUCAAAAUCAUUAUCACAAAAUAGAUUGAUGAGUGAGGGAACUGAAACACAUCACAAAUUCAAAACUGGAUUUAUUGCUAAAAUUUCUAAUUUAAUUGACAAACCAGUUGAAGUUGUCACUGAAAAUAAAGAAUUUGUGCACUAUCCAGCUGAAAGUUUGGAAGGUUCACAGUUUUUCAAUGCAACAGAUAUAAGCACACAUUUACAUGAUAGUAUUUUGAACAAUAGUUCAACUAUAAACAGAAGUUUAAGAAGAAAUAGCAUAAUAAUAAGCGGACAUGAAGACACAAUUGUUGAUGAGGACAUUGCCUUAAAUAGCAGUGUUUCCGUUCAUUAUAGUCAAGUUAACUUGGACAAUGAUGAUUUGGAGUUAUUGGAUAUGUUACAAGGUUUAGAUGAUAAACCUAUAGAUGAUGAUAGUGUGAUGGGGACCCCAUGUGAUCAAAACCCUGAAGAUGAUAUAAAUGAUGAAGACUAUUCUCAAGUUUUUAAUGAUGAAACUAUUUUUAUAGGAGAUAAAUGUGAAGAAACUAUGGAAGAGGAUUCACCAUCAUGGCAUGACUCUUUUUGGGAAGGUGUCAAUAUUCCGCAACUAGAUGGCACAUGUGACGACGAUCAUGUUAAAAAAGUACGCAAACGAAAAAAGUUACCUCUAAAAUUGGGGUUAUCUAGACCUAAAAUAAAAAAUAAAUCUAAAAAUACUGACAUUUCUCAAAAAUCCAAAGAAGAAUUAGAUGAAUCAGAUGAAAUCAAUGUAUCAAGAGAAACAAUUGAUAAUAUAUCAGAUUUGCAUCUUAAAAGAGUAAAGCCGGAGCAAACUGAGCCAGAUAAUUUCAUCAGCACUAAUAACCAAGAAAGUCAAUCCAUUCUUGAUAAAGAAUCAAUUUUUGACUUAGUUAAUAAAAUUGAAACAUCCACAGUAUAUGAUCUCAAAAACAACUGUGAACCUAUAGCUGGUCCUUCGAAAAUACCGAUGGAUUCUGAAGUAGAGGAAAGGAUGUUAUCAUUAAGUGAUAGUGUUGAUUCCUCGCCUGACUCUAAAAUUGGUAUAGAAAGUUUUUAUGAUCAAUCAAAAUUCUUUGAUGUGUCAGUUGAAAAUGUAAUAAAUGUAGAUCAUGAUAUCUCCACGAAUUUUGAUAUUUUACCAAAAACAGAUCAUACUGAUAAUCUUAAUCAAACACCUUAUUCUCAUGUUAUUAAUAAAUCGAAUGAAUUAACUGUAUAUAAAACAAAUAAUAGAAAUGAUUUAAUCUUAACACCAAAAAUCCGUCCACCCGCAAGGGAUCAUAUUAUGUUAACGCUUAAAAAAUACUCAAUACCAAAACAAAGAAAUCCGGAACCUUACUUUUCUAAUCCCAAAGAUGUGGGAGAUAAGGUAGAAAUUGGCCAGAUUAUAUUAAAAACUGGCAGCAAAUUAUCACAAGAUCAAAAGCCCUUCGAAAGAGUUAUAGAUACAACUACAAUUGAAGAAUGGCGCCAACUUCUAUUUCUACAAAGAAAUGAAAUGUCAGAUAGUAACUCAAAGCCAGAAACUUUAAAAUCCCUACUUGCUGGCAAUCGUCAGUGCAUUUUAAAGCCAUUAAAAUUACCUCCAACAAAAAAAGAAAUUUUGAAGUGGAGUCAUGAGAGAUCUAUGCAGAGUCAAGUUCCUGUCGAAAAAGAUGUUGAUGUUACAGAAAUCAGUAAAAACUUAGAUGAAAUGGAUACAUCACAGGCAAUAGGUUUAAACGACGAUGACAUAAAUAAUAGCAUUAGUUUGGAAGAUAAGAGUAAACAAGAAGUGGAUAACACUUUACAAGUUACUAUGCAUGGAGAUGGAUCAUUUCUUUGUUUCGGAAAUUCUGAAGUUCAAAAUGAAGCCUCUAUUUCUACUCCUGCUGUUGAGGUAGAUUUUCUAACACUAAUGAUAUUAGAAGUACAUACUAAAGUGAGAGGUGAUAUGUGUCCAGACCCUGCAUUAGAUGAUAUAAAAGCUGUUUUUGUAUCUAUCACAAACAAUUGUCCCGAUAACCAUUUUCUAGCGAAACAACUUACUCAGAUAUUGGUUGUCGAUGAAUCAAAACCACCAAAACAUUUAGACAGGUGUGUUUUCAAUGCAAAUGUAGUUUAUGUAGAUACUGAAAGUGAAAUUUUUGAUAAAAUCAUCAAUUUGGUAAAAGAACAUGAUCCUGAUAUAAUGUGUGGUUAUGAAAUCGAAAUGAAUUCAUGGGGAUAUGUGCUAGAAAGAGCUCAGUUUCUCGGUUUAGAAAUAGUCAAGGAAAUAUCUAGAAUAACUGAAAAGUACAGACAGAAGAAAUGGCGGCAUGACGAAAAUGAAAUGGAAGGCAGGAUUAUUGGUAGAAUCACGUUUAAUGUGUGGCGUUUAUUUCGCUACGAGUUAGCUCUCUCCAGUUAUAGUUUUGAGAAUUGUAUGUAUCAGAUUUUAAAAGAAAGAGUACCCAAAUACAGUCAUUCGCAAUUAUCCGAGUGGUGGAAUGAUGAAUCACGUAUGCUAAGAUGGAUUCCAGUUGAAUAUUAUUUGACCAGGUUAUCGGGAACCGUAAGAAUGCUAGAAAAGCUUGAUAUGAUCAACAGAACAUCGGAAUUAGCAAGGCUCUUCGGCCUGCAAUGGUGGGAGGUGCUCUCCCGUGGGUCCCAAUUUCGCGUGGAGUCUCUAAUGCUUAGAGCAGCGAGACCGUUGAAUUUAGUCGCAUUAUCUCCCACUGUCAAACAGAGGGCGGCAAUGCGAGCUCCGGAAUGUUUACCGCUUAUAUUUGAACCAGAAUCUCGUUUUUAUAAUGAUCCCGUAAUAGUAUUAGACUUCCAGAGUCUCUAUCCGUCUAUGAUGAUUGCAUACAACUAUUGUUUCUCUACUUGCAUUGGGCGUAUACAAAAUAUUAACGGAAAUUCACCAUACGAAUUCGGAGCAUGGCGUCUCCGGAUACCAAAGGAAAAAUUAGAGGCAUUAGCGAAAAACAAUUUAGUACACUGGUCGCCAGUAGGCGUAGGUUUUGUGAAAGCAAAUGUUCGUCGUGGAGUAUUACCAGUUCUAUUGAGAAGGAUAUUAGCCGCAAGACAAGCUGUGAAAAAGGGCAUGAAGAUGCAGACUGAUGAAGCUGUGAAGAAGGCCAUGCAUUCUAGGCAAUUGGGUCUGAAGUUAAUAGCGAAUGUCACCUACGGUUACACCGCUGCUAACUUCAGUGGGCGAAUGCCGUGUGUGGAAGUUGGUGAUAGUGUAGUGUCUAAGGGACGGGAGACUUUAGAGAGAGCCAUCAAACUCGUCAGGGAAGGCAAAUGGAACGCUAAGGUUAUAUAUGGCGACACAGAUUCAAUGUUCGUUCUAGUACCUGGGGGUAGUCGGACAGAAGCUUUUGAAAUAGGUCAGGAAAUAGCUGAUGCUGUGACAGCAGAUAACCCCUCACCAGUCGUUUUAAAAUUGGAAAAGGUGUACCAACCGUGCAUCCUACAGACAAAGAAGCGCUAUGUUGGCUACAUGUACGAGAGUGCAGAUCAAGAGAAGCCAGUGUAUGAAGCUAAAGGCAUUGAAACUGUGCGCAGAGACGGCUGCCCCGCCAGUGUUAAACUCCUCCAAAGCUCUCUAUGUGAGUUAUUCGAUACCGGAGACAUAUCUCGCGUAAAGAAGAUGGUAAAGAAACUACUAUCACGUCUAAUAGAUGGUUCUCUACCACCACAAGAACUGUUCUUCACGAGAGAGUAUCAUGGAGCCGCUGGGUACAGACCGACGGCUGCUGCGCCGCCUAAUGAAAUUGCUAAGCGCCUCCUCAGUCGCGACCCGCGCGCCGCGCCGCGCACAAGCGAGCGCGUGUCGUGGCUGGUGACCGCGGGCGCGCCGGGCACGCCGCUCGUGCGGCUCGCGCGCACGCCCGCCGAGCUGCACCGCGACCCCGGCCUCGUGCCGCACGUGCCGUACUACGCGACACGGGCGAUACUGCCGCCGCUGCAUAGGUGCUUUUCGCUAUUGGGGGUUGAUGUUUUUAAGUGGUGGAACGAAGUAGGCCACACGCGCGAAGCUCUCACCACCCGCGGCACUGUAGGUACAGCAAGUACCCGUGCAGUCGGUACAGCAGGUUCCCGUGCUGUCGGUAUAGCAGGUGCCGUCGGUAAAACAGGCGUAGGUGGUGUCGGUACAGCAGGUGCGGGUAUCGCGCGGUACAUGCAGCGCGGGCGGUGCGCAGCGUGCGGGGCGCGGGGGGCACGUGCGAUUUGCGCUCGUUGUGCACUAAAUCCCCGACCCGUUGUCGCUAUGUUGGCUGCGAGGGAUAAUACCGCGAGAGGAUACUUGGCUGAUACGCAAGUGAUCUGUAGUUCGUGCUGUGGCCAUAGUAACUAUUUGGAGUGUAAUAACACUGAAUGUCCUGUCCUCUGGUGCCGAGUUUCCGCACAACAAAAAUUAAACCAACUGCAAGACGUUUUUGCGAACCUACCGGAACAAUUUAACACAAAUAGUUUAAAUUUUUAGAUAUGUAAUUACAUAAAUUAAAUUUAGUUAUUAUAUUACAAUCAUGUGAUAAAAUAUG